AUGGCCAAUAUAGCAGCUCGGGCAAUCGUAGGUGCAGCACAGACAGCUGCACAAUUUGCUCCAGUGCCAUGGCUCGCACCUGCCACGGGUAUAUUGGUCGCAUUGAUCAACAUGCUCGCAGCAGCGGAAGCAAAUAAAAAUGGAAUCAUUGUACUCCAAGAUCGCUGCCUGAGUCUUAUGUCCAUCAUCAACAAUGAGGGGCAAAAUUUGUCCCCGGAUCAACAGGCUAGGCUGUGUUCGGGUGCCCAAGGCACCCUUCAAAAUAUUUUGAACAGAAUGGAGCCGUGGUGCUCCAUGUCCAGGGUCAAGCUGUUCGUCAAACAAGACGAGCUGGCUGGUACCAUUCAGCAAUGCCACGCUGAUAUUUCAGACUGCUUGGUCAAACUACAGAUCACCUCUCACAUAUCUAUUCACGCAUGGCAGGCAAACUUCGAGUUGAGUCAUGCACGAGACAAAGAAGACAUCGUGCAGUAUCUGGGCGACAUCAGGAACCAGCAGGAGCUCAUGCAAGUCGCACAGACGAAGCAGGCUGCAGAUCUGCAUCAGAUCAUGAAAUUAAUGCAAAAGAAUCUUCCGGGUCAUGUUCCAACCACAGAUCGUGGUAUGGAAAGCAACCUGUACUACGUCCAACAUUCAUCUCAGUCCCUCUUACCGAACAUGAACCUCAAACGCGGUGAAGUGAAGCGCAUCGGACAGUAUGCUGUCAAGGGAACGGGAUCAGCGGAUAUAUGGGAAGGCUACUAUUUGAACGAGGAGAAGGUGGCCAUCAAGAUCCUACGGGCUGUUCACUGCGAACCUCAAACGCUGCGGAGGUUCAAGAGAGAAGUGGACAUCUGGAAACGCGUGUGGGAAGCUGACCGCGGAGAGCAUAUCCUUCCUUUCUACGGUUUCUGUCAAAACGACGGACCUUUCCCGUAUGUUGUAAGUCCAUGGAUGGUCAAUGGUACAGUGGACGAGUAUAUAAGAAAAUACCCCACCGUAGAUCAUCAUACUCUGAUCAAAGGUAUUUGCGAGGGUGUGAAUGUCCUGCAUAGCAUGACACCCCCGAUCGUGCACGGUGACCUCAAAGCGUCCAACAUCGUUGUUGAUGCCAACGGAAACCCCCUGCUGGCCGAUUUUGGCUUCGCCAAGGUCUUAGAAGAUGUCACGGGCGUGAAUUUCACGAUGUCUGCUGGAGUUUCGAAUUCCCAAAGAUGGCUUGCGCCGGAGCUCUGCUGUGAUGGCGGCAUGCUUACCACCCAAUCUGACAUUUUCGCAUAUGGCAUGACUAUACUCGAGAUCAUGACGCAUGAAGUACCAUGGCACAACAUCCGCCACACAACACACGUCAUCAUCAAACUUUCUAGGGGGGAGAUGCCCCCACGUCCCAAAGAUCCUGCGGCCAGCGCAAGAGGUCUGGAUGACCGUCUAUGGGAGUUGGUCAAGAGCUGCUGGUCAGCCCCUGAGAAGAGACCUUCGACGAGAGAUAUUCUUGCUUUCCUUGGAUAA